UUCAAAAUUAACAUAUAAUUGACAUAGCAGUAUUUUUAUUUUAACACAAUGGAGGUGAUCAUUAGAGUCAGUGAGGUAUUUAACCAUCAACAUAAUUAUAUUGAACAACGUGGAGAGAUGCUCUCCCCACUUCAUGAACAUCCCCUGGAGCAGGUCAAUCCUAUGGAAGUGUAUAGACCAUAUGGAGGACGGUGGAAGUGUGACAACUGCAAUUCUGAGAGUGGUGGGAUGAACCCUUUUCCCUUCCACUGUAGACUGUGUUCUUUCGACCUGUGCUAUUCUUGUAUGAACAUACAGAAUCAGGCAAGCAACUUGAUCCAUCGGCAUCAGCUGUAUUACAUGGAGACCAGUCGACUAUGUUAUCAAAAUCGGGGUGGAAUUUGGCGGUGCGAUGUUUGUAAAAAGACAAGUGAUGCACUGAGAGAAACAUUCUCAUACCACUGCCCAACUUGUGAGGACUUUGAUGUUUGCCGCAGCUGUUAUGAGCCUAAGAGGCAUCCUAUCCAUAUUCAUGAGCUUAAAGUGGUUGACACGUCACUAAUCUAUUCUCAAACUGGUGGAAACUGGUUUUGUGACAUCUGUGGGACCACGAGUAGGCCAUAUGAAAACUUCUCUCAUCAUUGUGGAGAUUGUGAAUUUGAUGUGUGCCAAGAAUGUUUUAGGCCGCAUACUACACCUCUACAUGAACACCCGCUAUACAAGGCAGACUCACAUCAUGUGUAUGCGCAAUUCAGUGGUGGCUGGCGAUGUGAUCGUUGUGAAUCCGUGCACAAUAACCCCACGGAUAACAAACCAUGGCAUUGCCAAACAUGCGAAUUUGAUCUUUGUCAUGACUGUAUGAGUACAGGAAUUGAAGCUGCCGAUCAAACAGGCCCAUCACCAGGACAUUUAGGCAGAAAUAGGGGAUUUGCCCUGCUCAGAACAGGGCGGCAACCACAAGAGAACCCUUGGGUUGUUAGAAAUCGCUUGACGCCAACACCAAACAGUGAGUCUGCCUCACCAUUGCCAUUUGUGACAGAGAAAGGCAACACUCUUGCUUCUCCAGAAGACACAGAUGACAAUUCCAAGUGCAUCAUUUGCAUGGAACAACCCAAAAAUGCUACAGUCAUACAUGGUGACACAGGACACUGCUGUUGUUGCUAUGCCUGUGCGCAAGUGCUCAAACAAAGGGGGGACCCUUGCCCAAUUUGCAGGGCCCCUAUUGAUCAUGUGAUCAGGCAGUUUAAUGCUUGAGGUGAAGUACCAUGCAAGGUCAGCUGAAGAGUAACCUAAGUAGAAAUACAUUUUGACCAUCAAACAACCACUUAGUGACAAUAAGUCAGGGGGUUGUAGAUGAAGAUUAGUUUAAUGUCAUGUAACUGAUAUCAUUUUAUUUCAUGUGCCACUUCUCAUGUCUCUUUUCCUGAUUAAAGCACCAUGAAGGGUGUAUAAGACAUUUUCUAGGUGCACAUUUAAGAGAACCAUCAAAUAGCAUUCCACCGAAUACAAGUAAACACAAAAUAAAGUCAGAUCUGAAGAUAAAAUUCUUAGUUAAGACUUAAAAAAAAACUAAACUUUUGUUACUCUUUUUUUGCCUAAUUUAACCUUUUAAAAAAAAGGUAGAGUCAUUUUUAGGGUAUCAGUGAGGGUGAAAUCUCUAAAUUAAACAGGUAAUUUCACGCUUAAACAUAGGCCUUUCUAAUUAUAGUAUCUUGAUUUUGGCUUCAAAGGGAAGUAUAACCAAAGUUUAAAAUCUUAUCUAAUAUAAGGUUUUUUAAAGGAAACAACAUUAAAACCAAAGAACAAUGAUAUCAACUACUCGUCCUGAGUUUUGCACCUGCACAAGGCAUGGUUUCUCCACUCGAAGUAGCUCAUCGGUUUUGUGGAAGGAAAAAAAGCUGGCUACUCACAAAGUAUGCUGUACUGCAUAUUUAUGCUCUCUGGCAGCUUACAUCAACUGGCUAAAUACCAAUUUCUUGUUUGGUUUGCUUGUUUGUAAAACGCAAGGGUCGCUUCUAAAAUGCAAAUAACACUGAGACAUGUACUUUUUCAGUAUUCCCUGGUAAUUUGCUGCUACAAUGUAACCAGUUAUAUUCCUGGGGGGCCAGAGAGCCCCUGUGAGAGUAGUAUCGUCAUCUUUUCCUAUUCGAGUGAUUAUACAAAUGUAUCUACAUUUACCAGGUAGUUUCAUAGUGUCUUUCAAAUGUAGUUUAUAGUUAACAGUUAUUAGCAGAAGUGGAGGUGAUUUGGGUUGAUGUUUACUUAGCCACGAAGGUGAAUAACUCUGAAUAACUGUUUGAGUAUAUACCACAUAGAAAUCAAAAUUUGGUCAAAAUUACAAAAAAUGGUUGGGACUUAAACUCUUGACGUGAGAUUUUUUUAAUUACUUCCAAACUAGCGAAUCAGCGCGUGCGAAAAGGAUUAAUCACCUAUGUGACAUAUACGAAAGCAUAAUAUUACAUCAUAUCUCUAAAAAAAUUGGAUUAUCGUAAGCAGAGAUUAAAGCAGGCUGGUGUAGUCUGGAAAAAACGCGUGAAGCAUUUAAAAAAACAUUUACCCGUGUUGCAACGAAAUGAUUUAAAUCACUUUAAGAUAAUCUUACGAAUUUUUUCGAACUUUUGGAUUUCACAUUUUUAUAAGCAGGUUUAGUUCAGUUUCUUCUAUCUCCUUUGCACAAAGAUUAAGGCAAUUGUAUGUGUUUAAGUAAAAGGUUAGAUGUUGACAAUUCCUUUAAAUCUCCAGAUUUAAGGUAAUAAUUAACAAAUAUUCACGUGAGUAUUGGUGGUCAGUCAUCUAAGUAUAUACUUAAAGAGUGAGAUAACAGCACAAAAAAAUGAUUUUAUAACAUAGCUAGUAACUUUGUCUGAUCAAAUUCAGUUGCGCGAGCGUGCUUCGAAUCCCUAUUAUGCACGCUCAUGACGCCAGCAAACAAAUCCUUCGACAAAAAUUUUCCAUCGUGUUGAAAAUGGUUAUAAAACAAGUGGUUCAUACGUCAGCUGUGCGUUCAUCGAGACAUGAAGCACUUGGGAAGUUUGGAGGUUCCUUAUCAUCAGUUGAGGCUACGCCUCGAGCAUUUCUUACGCAUCUUUCGUGCUCUCCGGACUUCCCGCGUACUUCAUAUCUAGAUGAACGCACGCUGACGUAUGACCCAAUUGUUAAUUAACUAAUUUAUUUCUGCAACGAUUACUAUACUUUCGGUUUCCAAAUCCCGCACGAGUUGCCACAGGAAGUUUAAGUAGCCAAUCAGAGCGCUUUUAACGCCAUCCACUGUUUUAGCAUUUACUAAUAGCUAUUAUCAAUUCAUUAUUAAUAUCUAUGACCGUUCCUUGAGUAGCUUAAGAUUAAUAGCUUAGGAUUGAUAAGUUGUCCAUAAUUUUUGGUGUUGGCACUCCUGUUAUGUUGUCACAUUGUUAUUUUUAAACUACUGUAAUUAUAUGAAAGUCAUAUAUUUGAACUGUGGAUGAAGACGUGAAUAUGAAAGCGAUCUUCGCAGUACUAGUAAUGAACGCUACUUGAGCAGGAGUGAAAAAAAAAUUCAGGCCUGUACGGGAUCCUGUACAGGCCUGAAUUUUUUUCAGGCCUUAUUUUCACCACUGCUCAAGUAGUGUUCAUUACUGCGUAGAUCAUUUUCCUAUUCCCGUUGUUAUUGUUAUACAAUGCCAGUAGCCCAUCAUCCAAGGGAUGACAAUUUAUGUAACUGUUGUGACUAGUUAGAAUAAAUUUUACUGUUAUCAUACCUCAA